CGCGUUUCAUAUGCUCUAAAAGAAUAGCCUGCCUAGACCGACGGGAAUAAUCCCGGUAUAUCUGAGAUCUUUGUCCUCAAUAUAUCGCUGCAGCGUUGCGAUCAUGUCUUGCCGAAAGACAGUCAUAGCCGUGCCUGUUCCACAAGUUAGUACGCCGAAGGACAGCGACUUUUGGGUGUGGUACCGAGAGGCUCUAGAAAAGAGCGAGCUGGUAGAUUACAGCCUGAAAGAUGAUUCCUAUUUUAUCCUCAGGCCAGCAUCAUGUGCAAUUUGGGACAGAAUCCAGAAGUUUCUUGACCAUCGAUUGAACGCCAUAGGUGUUCAGAAUUGUGCAUUUCCACUUUCGAUUUUCCAGAACGCUGGUAAAAGCAAUGAAAAGGAUAAAAUGCAUGUCCGGAAUUUGGCAACAGACCAGAUCUCUACCGUGUUGGUUAUCUACUCGCAUUUUGCUAAAUGGAUCAAAACCCACCGAGACCUUCCGCUUCGAAUAAACCAGUGGAAACCUCUAUUUUGCCAUGAAUCGCAGCCUCAGCCGUUUUUGAGGUCUCGUGAGCUUCUCAUACAGGAAGCACAUACGGCACAUUUGACUGCGAAGGACGCAGAUGAGGAAAUCCAACAGGUUCUUGAUAUCUAUGCCACUUUGUAUGAGGACUUUCUGGCUAUUCCGGUCAUCAAGGGACAACGGAGCAGACUUGUCACAACAUCCCCAGAUGGUCCUGACAUCACUGAGGCUAUUGCACUUGCGUAUAUACCAGCACUCGACCAAUUCACCGAAGCUGCGACAUGCCGUGCUUUUGGUCAAAGCUUUAGCAAGCCAAACAAUAUCACGGUCCCCGAUCCUUCAAUCACUUCUGAAGAGGACCCAAAGCCACUAGUACAUGUAUGGCAAAACUCUUGGUGCUUCUCGAAUCGCUCUAUGGGUAUAAUGCUAGCAACCCAUGGGGACAACGAAGGUCUAGUUCUCCCGCCGCGAGUUGCAGAGCAUCAGGUCGUUAUUAUACCUGGUUGGUUUUCGAGCAAGAAGCACGAGCAUCCAACCAUACAAGCCGAGAUAACUUCGAUUGAGUCAGCGUUGGCGGGGCUUGAUGUGCGCGUUAAACUGGACCUUGACGACAGGGGCUCUCCUGGUUGGAAGUUGCAUGAAUGGAAGAUACGCGGGGCUCCCUUGUGCAUUAUUCUAGGUAUGAAGGAGCUAUCGGGUCAAUAUGCCGCCGUGUACAGACGAGACCUCCCGAAGGAAAGCUGUAGGGCUGAUAUUCCGCUGGCUGAGCUUCCCCAUACAGUCCCAGUGCUUUUGGAGAGUAUCCAAAAUCAUCUACUUCUGAAAGCCCGCGAUAGCUUAUCUUGUCAUCGGCAAGUGGCGGACUGGCAAGAGUUUGUUCAUUGCCUGCGCAAUAGGGAAGAGGCCAGUGUGUGUCUGGCCCCCCAUUGCCUAGCAGAAGAAUGCGAGCAACAGAUUCAAAGCUCGGUUGUUGAAUCUGGCCGAGGUACAAAGAUAAGAUGCUUGUGUAUUCCUUGGAGCCAGCCAAUAUUGACAAGAAGCCGUCCUUUUAAGUGCAUUAAUCCUCAGUGUGAAAUCGAGGCCCAAAAAUGGGCGAUGUUUGGAUAUAAGUUAGAAUGAAAGACUCAUGAUCAACUUUGAGAAGCACUCAGCGUCGAGGGUAC